AUGUCUUCAGCUUGUAGUGAGGCAUGGCGGCUGGUCAGGCAGGCGAGCGAUGAGCAUGGCGCGGGUGCGAGCGGUUUUGAGCUGCUGAUGGGCACGGCAACACUUAUUUUUGAGCUGGAAGUCGAGGUCUUCUUGCUCGAGGUGGGCGAUCCCGGGCCUGGGGUCAGCGCGAUGAGGGAGGAGUGCCCUAAGGUCGGGGGCGCAACAUCGUCGACGUGUGGCCUGUGCAUCUGCGGGAGUGCCUCAAGCUCUACUCAGGUACGACUGCGGGCCGUCGAGCUCAUCCUGCCCUGCUUCCUACACCUCGACAAGGCACUCCUGCCGCUGUAUGGAGACCAUCAGCUCGACAGCCUCGCCAUCGCGGCCACCGUCAUCUCGACUCUGCUCACACGUUCAUCUUGUGCUUGUGCCGAACGCGCUUUGUCCUGGUUGAGGCGUCCCACCGCAGAGAUGUUGGCCGCCGCUGGGAUCAAUGCCGCAGACUGGCCUGGUCGACUGUCAUUCCACCCGCUUUGCGUCUCGGCCUUGCAUUAUGUUCUUUCCUCAUACGACGACGGUGGCAGGCGCAUAACCGUCCUCGCAGAGGACGCACAUGACCCCGCAUCCUCAACCAUCCUCGCAUCCUACAUCUCCCAUCUCCUCUCCAUUGCCACCACCCACUCCCACACCUCCUCAAACACACAUCGAACGAACUAUUUCACGUACAUCCUCGCCCUCACUCUCUCCCACUCCCCACCCCAAACGCUCACCCACCUCGUCUCCCUCUAUUUUCCUCCCCCUCCCCCUCAUUCUCCCUCUUCUGCCUCGAUAUUCGCCCCUCCACAACUCCCACCCGUCUCGUCCACACUGUCUUCGAACGCACAGACGUCCGCGACCUCCCCGAGUUCGAACAGCGUCAAAUCACUCUCGCCCUCCCCCGUCGCAGUCGCAUGCGCAACUACAAGUGCAAUUGCGGAUGCACGGGCUGCAGAGAUCACCACCGACGUCUCUGAGGCCGUUAAUUAA